AGAAGAAGAAGAUGAAGAAGAUGAAGGAGAUGAACACACAGACAGAAACACACACACAUCCCCAUCCCCCAUCCUAACCUGGUGGUUGGGGGAAUAUAUCGAAGGGGUGGUCUUGAGAUGCAACGUUUUGAGGAGGUACAGAGAGACGCUGUAGCCGCAACCAUCGUUCCUCCCUCCGGCUCGCUCCCAUCAAAGUCCAUCCAUCGAAGGCGUGGAGAACCUCUCGUGCGUCGCACACCGAGACCCGUUGGAGACGCGCUGCAUCCGCUCCACGGGAAGAUGGAGAAAUGGCAAGCACAGUUCUCCAAAUGUAGAGAACAAGAAAUCAAGGAUUUAUGAUGCAAAUAGUGCUUUUCCGUCGAUAGGAACUUAUUUUAGCGAAAGGUGUGCUCUGAUCUGCUGAAAGAACAUGGAUGUAUCUGGAGGCCAGCAGCAGUAUGGAGGAUCUAAGAAGAGAGUGAAGAUCCACCCCAACGCCGUCACAGUGAAAUACGCCACCCACUUCCCCCAGCCUGGAGACGAGGGUUACGACGAUGCUCCCUCCUUUGAGGACUUUGGUUCGUUUGCAGAGGCCAGCCCUGCUAAGAGACUGGUGACAGACAGUAGUAGAAGGACUGUCUUUGGCACAAUGGAGAACCCCAGGCCGUUAGGGGGAGGGGUGGAGCCCCAGAGCAGGGACAAGGGGGUGGGGGGGCAGCUGGCCAGCUUCGGGGAGGCCAACGUCCUGGCGUCCCGGGUCACCUGGAUGGCGUUGUUCGGGGCAGCAGUGGCUCACGGCUGCGUUGCUCUCAUCACACGGCUGGCAGCGGACCGCUCCAAAGUGCCGUCCCUGGAGCUGAUUUUCAUCCGGUCUGUGAUCCAGGUCCUGUCCAUCGUGGUGGUGUUCUAUAACCAGGAGGCCCCCUUCGGCCCCAAGGGGUACCGCCUCCGCCUCUUCUUCUAUGGUGUCUGCAACGUCAUCUCCAUCACCUGCGCCUACACCGCCUUCGCCAUCGUGCCGCCCAGCAACGGCACCAUCAUGUGGCGCGCCACCACCACGGUGUUCAGCGGCGUGAUGGCCUUCCUGUUGUUAGACGAGCGGCUGGGCUACACAGACGUGGUGACGGUGGUGGGCAGCGUGUUCGGCCUGUGUCUCGUCAUGAUCCCCAACGUGGCCGACGAGGAGAAGUCCCGCCUCACCUUCUGGAAGGAGGCGUUUGGCUACACCAUGACCGUGACGGCUGGCCUCACCGGAGCUCUGUCCAUGAUCGUCUACCGGGCCAUCAAGGAGCGCGUCAGCAUGUGGACAGCCCUGUUCACAUUCGGCUGGACGGGCACGGUGUGGGGCGCCUCCACCAUGUUCGUUAUGCAGGAGCCGAUCAUCCCCCUGGAUGGGGAGACGUGGGGCUACCUCGUGGGGAUCUGUAUCUGUUCCACCGUGGCUUUCCUGGGGGUCUACUACGCCCUCAACAAGUUCCACCCCGCCCUGGUGAGCACCGUGCAGCACCUGGAGAUAGUGGUGGCCAUGUUGCUUCAGCUCAUGGUGCUGCGCAUGGUCCCGUCCAUCUACGACGUCAUCGGGGGGCUGGUCAUCAUGGCCAGCGUGUUCACUCUAACGGGAGUGAAGCUGUACAGGGUCAGCCGGGCUAUACGGCAGGACUACCAGGAGAUACUGGACUCACCCAUCAAAUAGAGCCCGGACUCUCAGAGUAGGUUCUGAUUCAGGAUCAGUUUGGCCCUAUAGACCUGACUACAUUACAUUACCUAGAUCAGCACUCCUACUCUGAGACACUAUAAAUAUGGACAUGUUCUGGCUCGACUUGGCUGAUGUCUCUCUCUCUCUCUCUCUCUCUCUCUCUCUCUCUCUCUCUCUCUCUCUCGCUCUCUCUCU